ACUGGUAAGAAACGUGGUGGUGGUGGUGGAGAGAAUGGGAAUUUCUCCUCCUCUUGUUUUUCUUUCUUAUUGCUGCUACCGCUUUAUUUCGUUGUCUUCUUCUCUCAACAAACAAACAACUUUCUUCUGAUUCUCCUUCUCCUCUGCAACUCUCUCACCUUGCGUUUCUACGAUCCUCACCCAAACGCCGCCGUUUCCUCUCCGAUUCCUAAAUUAUUCUUUAUAAAUUCCAUAGUCUCACCUUCAUUUCCCUCCUUCUGUCAGAAUCUUGUUCACGAUCGUACGCUUUCUUCGUCUUUUCUUUUCGGUUUCUUGGUGCUGUUGGUGUAUUGUACAUCAUUAUUUCUACAUGUUCUGGCAAAACAUUGGUUUUGCCUUUGCAUUGUGCAGGUUACAGAAGUGGGUGAUUUCUUGAUUUGGUAUAUUCCAUUACAUUUUCUGAAUUGCACGUGGUGUUAUAGGUCCUUUUCAAUCUUGGAUUAACGGGGAGACUAUAGAACUGGAGGGUGACAACUUUGGCAUGUUCAAUAUACUCAGGACGUAUGACCAUUGUAUGCCGCAGUUAUGGAGUGUUGUAAGCCAAAUUUCAUAUAGGAAGAAGGUAUAUUGUGCCAAAGAAUAUCAGUUAGGAAGAAUUGUAUAGGCCUUGAUCAGCUGCAUUGUGUCCUUUUAGGUCAUCGUCAUCCUUCUUCUGGUAUUGCAUGGUUGUUUAGCGUGAAAUGCCAUAGCUAUUGUUCUGAGCAUAUUGUGGCAAUAGACUGGUCACAUCUAAUGUUUAGUGAUGCAAGCUGUCACUGUGAGCUAUUACAGGAAAUUUAGGGAGGAUGGAACAUGUCAUAUACCAUUGUGAUUGUUCUAAUUGGUGCUCUGAAGUGCUAACAUAUGGAUGCCAGUAAACCUCAGCACUAUCUGCCCAUAACUUCUAGAAUUUCUUGUCGAGUGCUUGUUCUCUUAAUAUGGAAUCUGUUACGGAAGUGGUUGCUUAGUGAGGGCUGAUAUAAUGAGUAAAGAAGUACAAAUUUCAUAGAGCACUCACAACACAUUAACAUGGAUUAUGGAGACUUCAGUGUUGAACCAUUAGGGCAUACCAUAGAUGGAGGAGGCUUCUGUAGUGAUAUGCUUACUCUCUUAAAUGACAUAGACUGCCCUCUAUGUCAGUUCAGUUUUCUGGUUUCUGGGAACAGUUGGUUUCUCCAAUAAUGCAACAAUUCAUGGUUGGGAUUGGUGUAAUAAUGGACAAUUCUUUAUUUUGACGUGAACCUAUGAGUUCGUUGGCAUGGAAGCUGUUUGAUAGGCAUGAUUUGGUUACAUCAUCUUCACUCAUGAUUAUAAAUGUUCUGGAAUCAUAUGAAACUAAUGUCAAGUCAAGGUGUUGAUAGCCUAACAAGAUUACAGGCACUCUUCCUUUUGCUUUACCUAUUUAAGGGCAAUGGAAAAUAUUUUACUUCCGUGUUAAAGCCUGCACAUCCUAAUUUUUAAUUGUCAUGCUUUACUGGGGGCAAUGAAUGGUCUUCACAGGACAAACAAUUGAGUUUUAUUAGAAUUGGAUUUAGCAAGGAGUUUCAAUUGUUAAUACUAUUUUUGGUACACAGAAAACUUCUGUGUGGAGAUAUCCCAUACUACUGUCUCUGAAGCUUUUGUACUCAUAUGAAAAUUUUCCAUUUUUUUCUAAACAAAGCCCCAAUAUACCCCAAGAUGUAGCUUGAAAGAUGAACACAAAAUAUCAUGUAGAAUUUUAACCGUGAAAAACAUAAUGACUGAUUCUCUGUUUUGAUGUUUGGAUAGUGUUUGAAUUCUAAAGAAAUCUGAAACUAAAGUUUAAAAUUGUUGAAUGUCUAAUAUAUUAUUUUCUGAUAUUUGACAUCUUCAAUAAUUAACAUUUUAGUAAUAUUUCUCCAUUGAGUUAUUAUCACCUUCGGUGUAGUGCUUUUUUGUGCUAACAAGAGUUUAUAAUAAAAAAAUUCUCAAGACAGAGCUUUCAACUGCAAAGCUAUUUUGUGUAAAAUUAAGCAAAACCAAACAUGUGAGAUCACUAACAUAUACAAUUAUCAUAUGCAUGCUGAUAUUCAUUUGCCCAAGCUCUUUUAAAGUUGAUUUGAUUUAUCAUGGUUUAUUAAAGGUAACAAAUUUUGUGAUGCCUUUUCUGGUUUUCCCGAGGAAGCUAGGUUUUGGAUUCUUUUGAAUUUCUGCUUAUAAAUGAAUGAUUUUAUAUUUUCUAUUUAAUAUAAUAUCGAUUAAUGCAAGGGUUUACAGUUUUGCAAAUAUAAUAUUCUCUUCAAUGAUAUUUCUCGUUUUAAAAUUAUUGUUUUGUUGUAAACAGUUUUUAUCCGAUUGUUUUAUAUGCUUUCAUCAAUACUUUCCUCUACCUUUCUGCUAUGGUAUUAGACAUACAUCUCUCUCUGUUUCUUUGUCUCUCUGUCUCUACUUCUCUAAUAGGAAAAAUCUUUAAGUUUGUUCUUCAAGCAAAUUUCACUCUAAAUUGCUUUGAUUUUUUUUCCCAAUAAAAAAGACCGUGGAGUGAAAUGUUCUGUGGUUUCUUUAGUUCCUUGGAUUUACUUAAUUUUGUUUAUGUUUCUUUGGUCUUGUCCUGUUUACUGUUUAGAGGGCAUAGAUAAGAGUACUUCCCUAUGUGCUCAAUGCCUGUGCAUUGUUGAUAAUUAUUUUAAAGUGCAGGAAGAGAGUAGAAAAUGCUAACACCUUCUAACACUUGCUAAACCAUACCCAGGUAAUAUCUGAUUUGUUAGUCAUCCUACUUUUCGAUCCUUCCUCUUUUUAUCUAGUCUAUCCUAACACUUUCUGAUAUUCAUGAGGAUCCAUCAUCUAAUUUAAAUCUCAGCUAUGUCAUUUUUCCCCAUAUGUUUAUUUUUAUUUUGCGUCGUCUUUGUUUUCUGCCUCAGACUAGAAGGUGCUCCUUCUGUAUCAGUGGAUAGAGGCAUGGGUGGCUUCAAGUAGUGUGAAUUAUUUGCAGAUCUAAGUCAACUACGGUGUCUAUUUUGACACGUAGAGAUUCCAACUGACAAUUAUGGGGCAUAGGCAUGUAUAUAACACAUCUCCAUUGUUUGAGGGUGAGCCUGACCAGAACUGGAAUCAUAUGCACAUUGAUCAACACUAUGUGCACCUUGGUAGAACUAGCACUUCAGAGAAUGGUUCUUUUAUUUAUCCUGCGGAAAAUAUGUCUAUAGAUAGCAUUUCUUUCCCCUCUCAUUGGAACUCUUCCACAAGGUCAAAUGGAUAUGCAUCCUCAGGUCACAACAUUGAUGUACCUCCUCAUCAGCCAGAUGCAUCAGGCACUUCUAAUAAUGAUCAUUUUGUGCAUUCGUCUAAUGCUGGAGCAUUCUUUACAUUGUCAGAUAAUCACGUACACCAACCUUCUUCUUCCAAUUAUGACAGACAUACAUUUCAUGUUGAUAGUAGUUUUGUUGAUCUUACAAUGGGAAGUGGACAAGGCCCUCUCAAGCGUAAGAGCCCUGGAAUUUCUCCAGUCUACGAGAGAGGCAGUACAAGUAGAUACUUCAAUGCUGGAAGUUCAACUGAUCUUCCUAUAUCUUCGGAAUUAUGGCAGGAUAAGCCAAAUAUUGAUUCUCAAUAUAUGCCCUGGGAUCAUUUUACUAUGACACCCACAUUCAGAGGUACUGGCCUUUCAAUAAAGGGUGAGGGUUCUUUGCGGAAUGUGAGGAGCCGCUCCGCACUUGAUUUGGAUUCCCACCCAUCAAGGACCCAUUUAUCCACUACUAAUCAUUCACACACUUCCUACCCUACUCUCCCACCAGUAGACCAUUCUAGUUUGGUGGAUGCUUCUGGUCAGACUUCUACAUUGACAAGGGAUUGGAGCCAAAUGAACAUAUCUUCAGCUAAUGGAAGGGUUUUAUUACCAGAUACAAGUGCUUUUGGUCUUGAGACAAGCCAUUUCCUUGUUGGAAGUGGUGCUACUGUUAGCAAUGCUUCUUUAGAUGUUGGGUAUUUCCAUCAUGAAUUUGGUACAAGCAGAAAUCAUGCUCCUACUCCAAGUUUUCAAAAUAAUCAAACUCAGAAUGCUAGGGGAAUUCAAAGCAACUAUUCUCAGAGAUCCACUCCAACUUUUGGGGCUUCUUCAAGCUUGCGCAUGGGACAUGUGACAUCUUUGGAUGAAGGAUUGCCUAUGGUAGCUGAAAGUUACUCUUCUAGACAUCCAAGGCCAUUGAGCACCCUUGGCUGGCGGAAUGGUGAUAGAAAUGGGAGGUCAAGAAUUUCGAGUCAAAGAUAUCGCACAUUGACUGAGGAGAGUGGUCUUGCCGAACGGUUUGCUUCUGAGGGUUUCUUGGUUGUUGAGCGUGCAUCGGUGUAUGAUUCCAGGAAUAUGCUUGAUCAGCACCGAGAAAUGAGAAUGGACAUAGAUAACAUGAGUUAUGAGGACUUACUUGCACUGGGUGAAAGGAUUGGCAAUGUGAACACAGGACUCUCCGAGGACAUGUUUUCCAAAUGUUUGACGGAAACAAUAUAUUGUUCAUCUGAGCAAAGUCAAGACGAAGGAAACUGCGUAAUAUGUCUGGAAGAGUACAAGAACAUGGACGAUGUUGGGACACUUAAAACUUGUGGACAUGACUACCAUGUGAGCUGCAUUAAAAAGUGGUUAUCUGUGAAGAAAUUAUGCCCUAUCUGCAAAGCUUCUGCUUUGGCUGAGGAUACAAAGGAUAAAUAACUAGUAGUGUAUUAUAAUUAAUAUCAUUGUAUAUAUAUUUCGAGACAUCCCUCCAAAUGGAGGAAACAACCUUGCUUUUGGAAAUGUUGUAAGAGGAAUGCUACUUUAUGUCAAUGGAUUUAUUUUCGGCUUCGAUCUCAAUUACGCGAAGCCUUGAAA